ACACCCUAUUUCCUUUAUGCGCAGAGAGGACAGCUUCCGCCAGGCAGCCGGCAACGUGUGUCAGCGGUGAAGUGCUAUAUUCGGCCUGCACUCAGUAUGACGGAACGAAAAGGAACCGCUAAGGUUGAUUACCUUAAGAAGAUUGAGAAGGAAAUUCAAGCAAAAUGGGAAAGCCAGAAAGUGUUUGAAGUUGAUGCCCCAGUCACCAACACUCACAGCAGCAAAAACAAAUACAUGGUGACUUUUCCCUACCCAUACAUGAAUGGACGUCUUCACCUUGGGCACACUUUCUCCCUGUCCAAAUGUGAGUUUUCGAUUGGCUAUCAAAGAUUGAAGGGCAAAACAUGCUUGUUCCCAUUUGGUUUGCAUUGUACUGGCAUGCCAAUUAAGGCUUGUGCAGAUAAGUUGAAAAGAGAGAUGGAAUUGUAUGGCUGCCCACCGCAAUUCCCCGAGGAAGAGGAUGAAGAGGAAGAAGCUCUUGCAAAGGAGGAAGCUUUGAUCAUCAAGGAUAAAUCCAAGGGAAAAAAGAGUAAAGCAGCAGCAAAAACUGGCUCUUCAAAAUACCAGUGGGGAAUUAUGAAGUCUCUCGGGCUCACAGAUGAAGAAAUAGUUCAUUUCUCGGAAGCAGAACAUUGGCUGGAAUAUUUCCCUCCUCUUGCUUUGCAAGAUCUGAAGAGCAUGGGAUUGAAGGUGGAUUGGCGUCGUUCCUUCAUAACCACUGAUGUUAAUCCUUACUAUGACUCAUUCGUUAGGUGGCAGUUCUUAACUUUGAAAGACCGGAACAAGAUCAAAUUUGGAAAACGAUACACCAUCUACUCACCAAGAGAUGGCCAACCCUGCAUGGACCAUGACAGACAAUCUGGAGAGGGUGUUGGACCUCAGGAGUACACCUUAAUUAAAAUGAAAGUUCUGGAUCCAUAUCCUGCAAAACUGAGUGGUCUAAAAGGGAAGAAUGUUUUUCUGGUUGCUGCCACUUUGCGUCCAGAGACCAUGUUUGGACAGACCAACUGUUGGCUAAGACCUGACAUGCCUUAUAUUGCUUUUGAGAUCGCCAAUGGGGAUAUAUUUAUCUGCACACAAAGGGCCGCUAGAAACAUGUCAUACCAGGGCUUCACCAAAGACAACGGAGUGGUACCUGUGGUCAAGGAGUUAAUGGGGGAGGAUCUUCUUGGUGCUGCAUUGUCUGCCCCUCUAACAUCCUACAAAGUGAUCUAUGCCCUGCCGAUGCUAACCAUCAAAGAAGAUAAAGGCACUGGAGUGGUAACCAGCGUCCCCUCUGAUUCUCCAGAUGACAUAGCAGCCUUUAGAGACCUGAAGAAGAAACAAGCUUUGAGACAGAAGUAUGGAAUAAAAGAUGAAAUGAUCUUGCCUUUUGAACCGGUACCUCUUAUUGACGUACCAGGCUAUGGAAACCUGUCUGCUCCAGCCAUCUGUGAUGAACUAAAAAUCCAGAGCCAGAAUGACCGGGAAAAGUUAGCAGAGGCCAAAGAAAAACUGUACUUAAAAGGCUUUUAUGAGGGUGUUAUGAUAGUUCCUGGAUAUGAAGGUCAGAAGGUUCAGGAUGCUAAAAAACCUAUUCAACAGAAAAUGGUUAACAGUGGGGAAGCUUUGAUUUACAUGGAACCAGAGAAGCUAAUUAUAUCUCGUUCUGCAGAUGAAUGUGUGGUUGCACUUUGUGAUCAGUGGUAUUUGGACUAUGGGGAAUCAGAGUGGAAGAAACAAGCUACUGAAUGUUUGAAAAACUUGGAAACAUACGGUGAAGAGACCAGGAGAAACUUUGAAGCAGCCUUGGACUGGUUACAAGAACACGCCUGCUCUAGAACAUAUGGCUUAGGUACUCGUUUGCCUUGGGAUGAAUAUUGGCUGAUCGAGUCUCUGUCUGACUCCACCAUUUACAUGGCCUAUUACACGGUUUCCCAUCUACUACAAGGGAAUACUCUUAAUGGUCAAGGAGAAUCUCCUCUAGGUAUCCGGCCUGAGCAAAUGACCAGAGAAGUUUGGGACUACAUAUUCUUGAACAGCCCACUGCCUAAGUCCAGCAUCCCUAAAGAGAAUCUGGAAAAGCUCAGAAGGGAAUUUGAAUUUUGGUAUCCGGUUGACCUGAGAGUGUCUGGCAAGGAUCUUGUCCCUAAUCACUUGUCCUAUUAUAUCUACAACCACGUGGCAAUGUGGCCAAAAGAUAAUGGUAAAUGGCCAGUGGCCAUUCGGGCAAAUGGGCAUCUGCUGUUGAACUCUGAAAAGAUGUCCAAGUCAACUGGCAACUUCCUCACACUAAUUCAGGCAGUUAAGAAGUUUUCAGCUGAUGGUAUGCGACUGGCUUUGGCCGACGCUGGUGACACUGUGGAGGACGCCAACUUUGUCGAAGCAAUGGCAGACGCAGGCACUUUACGUCUGUACACCUGGGUGGAAUGGGUUAAAGAAAUGCUCGCAAACUUUGACAGCCUGAGAAGUGGGCCGUCACAAACCUUUAAUGAUCGCGUGUUUGCAAGCGAGAUUAAUGCAGGAAUUCAAAAAACUGAACAAAAUUAUGAAAAAAUGAUGUUCAAGGAAGCCCUAAAAACUGGAUUUUUUGAGUUUCAGGCCACAAAGGACAAGUACCGUGAACUGGCCAUCGAAGGCAUGCACAGAGACCUGGUAUUCCGGUUCAUUGAGACUCAAACACUACUGUUAGCUCCAAUCUGCCCCCAUCUGUGCGAGCAUGUAUGGACAUUACUAGGGAAGCCAGAUUCAAUCAUGAAAGCGUCUUGGCCAGUAGCAGGCCCUGUAGAUGAGGUACUCAUUCGAUCAUCACAAUAUCUGACAGAAACUGCUCAUGAGCUCCGGCUGAGACUGAAAGCAUACAUGGCUCCAGCAAAGGGAAAGAAAGCGGACAAGUCGCCACCGCCGAGGCCCUCACAUUGCACCAUAUAUGUGGCUAAUUCCUACCCACCAUGGCAGCACUCGACCUUGCUGAAUCUGCGCAAACAUUAUCAGAAUAAUGCUGGACAGCUACCUGAUAACAAAGUUAUAGCGACAGAGCUUAACAGCUUGCCGGAGCUGAAAAAGUACAUGAAGCGCGUUAUGCCAUUUGUCGCCAUGAUAAAGGAAAACCUAGAAAAGACAGGCUCUCGCAUUCUGGAUCUGGAGUUGGAGUUUGACGAGCGUGCUGUUCUUAUCGAGAACAUUGUCUACCUGACUAAUUCUUUGGAGCUAGAUCAUAUCGAAGUGAAAUUUUCUUCAGAUGCGGAUGACAAAAUUAAAGAAGACUGCUGUCCUGGGAAACCAUUUUCCGUUUUUAGAUCAGAGCCUGGUGUUUCCGUUUUUCUGGUGAACCCACAGCCGUCAAACGGCCACUUUUCCACGAUGAUUGCAAUCCGUCAAGGAGACAGCAGAGAUUCGAUCAUACGGCGCCUAAUGAAGACAGACAGGGGAAUCAAAGAUGUGACAAAAGUGAAGCUAAUGCGGUUUGAUGACCCACUGUUGGGGCCCCGUCGUGUUCCUGUUCUUGGAAAAGAAGAAAAUGGCAAAUCUGUAAUAUCCCCGCAAGCCGCCUUCCACAUUGACUUGAAUGAGAAACGUGUCCACGUUGCUGAUAAUGGCCUGAAAGUGGACAUUGGAGACACCUUAGUUUACGUUAUGGAAUAAUCUAAAGUUGAAGUCUAUUGUAUGUCUAGUCAUUGCUAAAAAUUAAAAUAGUUAUAAACCAUUUUACAGAGAAAAAUAUGGUCAUAUGUCUAAUUUAAAUGCUUGGUUUGUAUCAUUUGACACAGCAACAGUAACACCUAUUACAGUGAAUACUACCACUGUAAACAUGUAAUCCGGAGCCCCACAACGGACGUUGUGCUUUACAAAGGAAUGACAUUGCUGUGUUUCCACUAUUGUUGAAGUACAUCCAAGAGACUAUUUUAAUUCCAUUCAUUUUCAAAAGUUCCUAUUGUUUUUGGCAACAAAAAAAAAACAUCUUACAAAGACAUUUCUAUUUUACUGCAGUUUUCGUUUCAGUGUAAUCCAUCCGUUGCUGCAGCAAUAUUUAAAAUAAAACUGCUCUUGUCAUA